AUGCCGUUGCCGCGCUUAUUACUCCUGUUGCUGGCCCCAUGCAUCGCAACGUCCAAUGCUGUCGCUGCUGCUGAAGACCGAUCGCCUUCACUGGAGAGCAAGACGCGUCACAACGACCCGGGCAAUCGCAGGGCAGCGUCUGGUGAUGAAGGCAGAACCAGGAACUUCGGCAACGAAGAGGGCGAGGAACGAGAGCUUGCAUUCCUCUCCAAACUUAAAGGCGUCUCUAGAAUGAAAAAAUCUGGCCUCCCCACGAAUGUUGCAAGCUUACGCAAGAAUCCUGGCGUUGUCGAGGCUUUGGCGAAGAACCCAAGUGUGGGACUGCGAUUGUGA